AUGGAGGCCUCCGCGGCGGCGGCGGCGAGCGAGUUGGGGGGGCGGAGCAGACGAGCUGCGCUCUCCGGCCGGGCGGAGCGGCGCUACUUCCGCUUCCGGCGGCGUGGAAGGGGGGGAAUGGGGGCGGUGGGGCGGUGGGUGCUGCUGCCGGUGCUGGUGCUCACGGCGCUGGGCGCGGCGGUGCGCGGCGGCCCCGGGCCCGUUACCUGCGGCUCCGUGGUGAAGCUGCUCAACGUGCGGCACAACGUCCGCCUGCACUCGCACGAUGUGCGCUACGGCUCCGGCAGCGGGCAGCAGUCGGUGACCGGGGUGUUGGCGGCGGAUGACGGGAACAGCUACUGGCGGGUGCGGGGCCGUACGGCGGCGGUGUGCGAGCGGGGCACGCCGGUGCGCUGCGGGCAGGCCAUCCGCCUCACCCACCUGGGCACCGGCCGCAACCUCCACAGCCACCGCUUUGCCUCCCCGCUCUCCGGAAAUCAGGAGGUGAGCGCAUUUGGGGAGGCCGGCGAGGGCGACUACCUGGACGACUGGACAGUGGUGUGCAGCGGGACCUACUGGGCGCGGGACAGCGAGGUGCGCUUCCAGCACACCUCCACCGACGUCUUCCUCUCGGUGACGGGGGAGCAGUACGGGCGGCCCAUCCAUGGGCAGAAGGAGGUGCACGGCAUGGCCACCUCCAGCCAGAAUAACUACUGGAAGGUGAUGGAGGGCAUCUUCAUGCAGCCCAGUGAGGUCUUCAAAGCAGGGCAGUACCACACUGAGUUGUGAUGGACAGACAGACUGCCGCCAAGCCUCUGGGAGCUGCCCUGUGGUGUUUGGGACUGCUCAGCCCAGGGGAUGACCCCUGUUCCCACACCUGGGUCUGGCACAUGUCAGGUGGCUGAGCCCCAAGUCCAACGUGAAGCAGAUCCCAAUGUCCUGAAUUUGAUGUGGGGCAGAUCCCGGUGUCCCAAAUCUGACACAAAGCAGAUGCCAGUGUUCAGACCUGACCCAAAGCAGAGCCUGACAUCUGAGAUCCAACAUGAAGCAGGUCCCUAUGUCCUAAAUCCAGCCCACUGCAGAUCCUGAUGUCCAGACCUGACCCAAAGCAGAGCCCAACAUCCAAGAUCCAGUCCAAAGCAGGUCCCCACAUCCGAAAUCCAGCACAAAGCUGAGCCCAACGUCCAGACCUGGCCCAAAACUGAGCUGAACAUCCAGACCUGACCCAAAGCCGAGCACAGUGUCCACGCCUGACGCAACUGAGCCCAACAUCCAGACCUGACCCAGUGCAGAUUCGCAAGCUCCCCCCUUCUUCCCCUGUAGCUCCCUCUGGCCGAGGACCCCCCGAAGGAUGCUGUCCCCCGGGAGCUGUGCCACGGUACCCCCCCGCUGUACCCCAAACCGCACCCAGCGGGGCCCUGCGGACAUAAAACUGCUGAACCCUG